AUGAACAAGGAACUCCGAGAAAGCGACUGGACGGUCAAGGAUAUCCCAAAGAACCUGGACAAGCUGCCUGCUAGCCUGCAAGUUGUGCACAAAGAAAUCCUAGACAAAAAUGCGAUGCGUGGGGCGAAGGCUACCGAAAAGUACGAGCAGUGCAAUGUCAGCGAAGGCGAUUUUCUGCUCUGGUCCCGCGUCGACGAACGCUACCAUCCCAAGCUGCUAAUAACCCGGACGGGCCCCCUACCGAGUCAAAGAAGCCACACGUCAAGCAUCAAGCUCUACGCCGAAGACAGCUUUGAAGUGACCGAAGAGAUCCUCGAACACGUUUCCCAGCAAAGGAUCAUGCUGAAGGUCAAGUCCAUCGCGGGACAUAAGUUUGUCCCGGAUGUGAAAGACUUCAUCCUGGAAGUGCUUUGCCUACAGAAGCUCAUGCAUGAAUGCCCGGUCGUGGUGAGGAACUACGUUGAAGGCGUGAACAAAGCGAGCGAUGGCGAUACGGUGCACAAGGCGAUGGAGCGAGCGAGCGCGAAGAACUAG